CCCAGUGGUCUCGGCCUGGGGGGGCGGGGUGGGGCCGGGCAUCCAGCUGUCUCUGGCUCUAACGCCCACCCCUGGUCCCGCUGAGGCUGACGCGCUCUGCCUGGAGACUGCAGGCUGGCUUGGCCUGGUCACCGCAGGUUGCGUAGUCCUCAGAAGUGCCCACUGACCUUCGGCAAAAAAAACCCCACCCGUGAGGCUGGAUGGUGCAUCACCAACUGGCCUUGGGGUUUGGAGCACUCCCACGCCCCUCACCACCCCUCGGGCCAUGUCCCUGCGCUGGGGCAUGAGUUGACCCCCAUCACCCCUUGUGCUCAGCAAGACGAGCAGAGGGGCACAGCCGCUGCUGACCAGCCGGGCCUCGGGCCCCACGUGAAGCACAAGAACAUCUUGAUAAUUAGUUUAAAAGAUGACGUGCAGAAUGAAGGACAGAGGAAGAUUUUUACUUACUUCGUCAGGCUGGAAAGGAUGAAGCUGAAGUAAUAUCAGAGUUUAUUUGCGUGUUUGAGCAAACGGAGUGUUUUAUGCAGCUAGACAGCUGUCCUAAGGCAGCAGGAGGCCAACCACAAAUCUAGAAAGUUCUCCCAAUGUUUUAAAUGGGCUGUGAGUGUCCAGUUAUUUUCAGGGGAGAAGAUGAAGUAACUCAUGAGCAACCACCUAUCUAUACUGCUGGUUAUUCAUGUAAGGCUCCCCCGUGGCUCAGCUGGUAAUCCACCUGCAAUGCGGGAGACCUGGGUUCCAUCCCUGGGUUGGGAUGAUGCCCUGGAGAAGGGAAAGGCUACCAACUCCAGGAUUCUGGCCUGGAGAAUUCCAUGGACUAUAUAUAGUCCAUGGGGUCUCAUGGGGACACAGCUGAGCGACUUUCACUUCACGUUACUUCAUUUGUAUAAACAUCAAAAAGAGUUUGAUAAAAUAAUUGAAAGCCUGAAAGUGAAAGCAAAGAAGGUCAGGGGCCAUGUGCCCAUUGUGGGCAGGGGCGAGCAGGGAGCCAGGCUCCCAGGGCUCCUGCGUGGCCCCUGCGCCUGCAAGGAAGGGUCUGGAAACCAGACUCUCGGAAAUGCCUUUAGUGCAUGGUUCAGCCACGUUGUAGGACUUCCCUGGUAGCUCAGCUCGUAAAGAAUCUGCCUGCAAUGCAGGAGACCCCAGUUCAAUUCCUGGGUUGGGAAGAUCCCCUGGAGAAGGGAACGGCUACCCACUCCAGUAUUCUGGCCUGGAGAGUUCCAUGGACUGUAUUGAGUCCAUGCAAAGAGUUGGACACAACUGAGAGACUUUCACUUCAUCUUCAGCCAUAUUGUGACAAAGACAUCAAUCCUGUAACUUAACAGAAACAAAAAAAUCGUACUUUCUCCAUCAUUAAGGCUUACACAUUAGCUCAAAGAACAAUAAAAAUAUAUAGAAAAUAUAUGAAGAAUGGAAACUAUAAAGAGAAGUGGAAGAUAUAAAAUUAAAUAUGAUGUACCAUUUGUAACAAAAUAUUUGAUUUCGAGUAAAAAAACAAGAAAAAUCAACUCCAGGAAAAACUGCAUCAUAAAUUUUAUGCAAAAAUGUGUUCUGUUCCUUAAUAACAAUAGUGCAAAAUGGAAGAAAUCUUUAACUUGUUAUCAAAUCCCAAAACUUGGCCAAACGAUAUUUGCAAAUCUCCAUGGUGUGACACUGAACUAAUAUUUUUAAAAGGAAACUAAUUCAACACGACAGUCAAACAGAGUGGUAUUACAGCUUAGCUGAUACAGGGAUGGUCAAGACUUUAGAACCUCAGUGGUGUUACAAGGCUGGGAAAUGACUUUGGUGUGAUGACUGUCACUUCAUCCAAAGCUAAGGGAGAAUUCAGCCCCUGAAAGUGUCCUGACAUGAGGACUGGUGGGGCUGACUUCUGGGCCAGCCAGCAUCCGACACGUGCAUCCUUUGCCAGGACUGCUGGGUGGGGAAAUCCCAGUAACACAACUAACUUGGGGACUAAUACAGUGACCAAAGGGACAGUCUUCACUACCCCUUGUGCUGACUUUUCAGUGAUAUCUGCAGAGACCCAGUUUCAACAUCAAGGCACAGUCUGAGGUCCUGCGGGUCAGGAUUCAACAUACGAAUUUGCAGGGACGCAGUUCAUCCACAACAGGAAAUGUGCCCUUCUGUGUCCGUCAGUUGGGACCUGGGCACCUCCCUGGGCCACCUGCAGGUGCUCUGGCUGGCUCGCUGCGGCCUGGCUGACCUGGACGGCAUCAGCUCCUUUCCUGCCCUGAAGGAACUCUACCUCUCCUACAACGACAUCUGGGACCUGAGCCCGCUGUGCCUGCUAGAGCAGCUGGAGGUGCUGGACCUAGAAGGCAACUGUGUGGAGGACCUGGGGCAGCUGCGUUACUUGCAGCUGUGCCCGCGGCUGGCCACGCUCAUCCUGGAGGGCAACCCACUCUGCCUGUGGCCAGGCCCCGGCCCAGCCCACCAGGUGCCCCGAGGCUACAACUACAGGGCAGAGGUCAGGAAGCUCAUCCCCCAGCUGCAGGUCCUGGACGAGCUGCCCGCUGCGCACACAGGCCUGCCGGCCUCUCGGAAGCUGGACCAGGACUGGCUCCUGGUGAAGGAGGCCAUCAAGGAGGGCUGUAUCCUAGACAGCCUGCUUCCCAGGCCAGAUCGAACCCACGGAUCCCCCAUGUGGAGCCUGAGCCCUGAGCUGUGCCUGCCUGAGACCCAGCCGCGGGCCCCCAGGCGCUGGCCUCUCUCCCUGCUGGUCCCCGGGGUCCCCCUGCCUGAAGGCCUCCUUCCCAAGGGCCCGGCCCCAGAGGAUGACGCCAGCAACCUCACCCAUGGCGCCGUCCGGGUCCUCUGUGGGAACCCCACCAAAGGCCUGCAGGAGCGUCGGCACCAGUGCCAGGCUGGGGUGCACCCAGAGAAGCUGCCGCCUCCCAGGCUGGAAGAGCUGGCCCCCAGGGCCUCCGCCCCAGGGCCUGACCCUGCCAACGAUCGUGACCUCCUGGCCUGGGCCGGGCUUCAGGCUUUGAGGGAGCUGCACCUGCGCCCCCUUCCCAGUAGGUGCCCAGAGUCCUGGGAAGAGAGGGCUGCAGCCCCCUGGGGCCCACAGAGGGGCCCUGAAGAGCAAGAGGACAAGGCUGGGCCCAAGCCUCACUGCAACCCCCCAAGCCUGGCCCCAGAGUCUUCCAGGACCUCGGGGUACAACCUGAUUCCCUGUCCCCCCAAGUCCUUCAUGCCAGACCGGGGCCGAAGCUCCUGGGGGUCUGCAGAUCUGCAGUUCCGGGGGCGUAGGCUCAGAACCCUGGGUAGUUUGGGGCCUGGCCUGGGUCAGGGGCUGGCUCCAGUGACUGCUCUGAGAGCCCGAGAAGUGACCUCGGGCCCCAGCCCUCGAGCAGAGGGAUGUCCAGGCCCAAAGCCAGCCCCAGACUCAGCAGCCAGACCCGCAGCCUCUGGUGCAUGCCGCACCUGACACUCACCACCCCAGCCCGACCCCACCCUCGUAUACACCCCUACCCACUGCCAGGCCGGCCUGGCGGGUGGCCAAGGCAGGGCAAUUGUUGGAGGCCCAGCGUGCACUCCGGCCUCAUAGAAUCCAGAGCACCUGGGCCAGCGUGCUAGGGGGGGAGAAGUGGCACAGGAGAGGACCCUCUUGGUGGAGGGAAGUCAGGAGCUGGGACCACCAACGGUGGAGAGGUAGAGCCCAGGAUAGAAUGCACAAGUCCCCACCACUGGCCCAGCCACCCACCUCUUCCGUGAGGCCUGGCCUUCCCUGAGGAGCAGGCUUGGGAAAGAGCAGGUUGGGCCCUGGCCAAGGUGGGUGGAACUGGGCCCUGGCCAGCCCUUGGCCAGCCCUCCAGCCACCCAGGGCUCUGAGCCACCCUUGGGCUGCUGCGGUCCCAAGUAGAAGCACUUGCCGUCGGCCAACCCUGGUGGACCGGUGGGGUUCCCCGCCUGGGGAUGGGAGGACCAGCUCCCUCCUCUUGGGGCUGGAUACCCAGAAACCAAACGAAUCAUUUUCGACUCUCAGGUGUAUAGAAAUGCGGUUUACUUGGUAGGCGGCGUUAGUUCAAUAAAUUAUGCAGCCAGC